AAACUGUACCCGCGCUGGCACAGUGGGGGAUCAUGCAUAGCCGAGCGAGCGCUGCUCUGACAUGGGUUGAUUUCUUCAUGCUGAACUACACGACUUUCCACCGCUCCUGCUUAUAUUUGCCUCGUUUCAAGCGACACUUAGAAGUAUUUGUGUCCAUGCUAAGGAUUUUUUAAACAUUUUUUUUUGCCACGGCACAUUUGAACGACUCCGGUUCAAGGAAAGAGCUGCUCCUAGUUCUUCAGCGGCUCUUCAGCCGUGACAAUACAGCGACAGCGACAGCGCCGAAGACACGGACACAGAUCCGAGCGAGUACAGCGUCAAGGAAGAUUUGGCACUGUCUGUAGCCGGCUGGUUCUGUGGAGUUAAUUAUUAUUCAAAUGUUAUAGAAACAUUUCAUAGCAUAUUCAUGCAUGGACCACGCUGUUAUUAACUUGAAAAUCAACAAUUCAACGCUGCGUAGGCCUAUAGUUACAGAAACUAUUGGUGCCCAAAGAAGAGUUGAUCCGAGAGAAUAAUUAUUCAUUUGUGUAGGCUGCUGUAGACCGACUGCAGGAGAAAACUAUUAUAAAGCUAAAAAUUCAUGUUUAUAAUAGCUGUGACAUCCCACAUCUUCUGCGGUUGAAGAGGAUGCGCGUGUUGCUAUGAAAACACGACAAGAACAUUGACUGAAAUAGUAUGUCUUUUAAACGGAUCCUCAACUAAUUCAUAAUCAAGACAUUUACCCACCAAUUGAAAUACUUUUGUAUUCCACAAAAUGGCAGUGCUUUUUUUUAAUGAAUGAAAAAACUUUUUACAAAUAUCAAUUCAAGCCUCAGCACAACUGCCUCGUGUAAUAAUCCAAUCAAUGCGUUAUACUCGAGCAGUCAACUAAGACAUAAGGCAAUUAUAAUUUAAAAGCCUUCAGAUGUGAAUCUAAUUUCACUCUGUUAAUUUGAAGAAUUCUACCGCGCCAGACGCUGCAUCGAGAGGGACCUUGACGUGUCCAAGUUCGGGAGCCAUGCCGCAGGUGGAAAUGAUCCUAUGCGUUUCGCUGGUGUUGUGGACGUGUGUCUACGGCCAAGAGCCGGCCUCCAAGGUGGUGUCCGACCGCUAUGCGGUCUACUGGAACCGGACCAACCCCAGGUUCUACCGGGGUGACUACCACAUCGACGUGUGUAUAAACGACUACCUGGACGUCUUCUGUCCCCACUACCUGGACUCUGUCCCAGAGGAGCGGACAGAGCACUACGUCCUCUACAUGGUCAACUACGAUGGCUACAGCUCCUGUGACCACACGGCCAAGGGCUUCAAACGCUGGGAGUGUAACAGGCCCCACUCCCCAAACGGACCCCUGAAGUUCUCCGAGAAGUUCCAGCUCUUCACCCCCUUCUCUCUGGGCUUCGAGUUCCGCCCCGGCAGAGAGUACUACUACAUCUCUUCCACCAUUGCUGACAAUGGAAGGAGAAGUUGCCUACGACUGAAGGUGUUCGUCAGACCAGCAAGUAAAUACAAUUGUGUGAAAACUGUCAGUGUUCACGAUCGGGUCUUUGACGUCAAUGAGAGAGUGGACAAUUCCCUAGAACCAAGAGAUGACACCAGCCAUGAGUCAGCUGAGCCAUCCCGAGGUGACGUCAACUCCGUGGGCCGGGUUCAGACCGCCGGCUUGUGGGUGACCUCCUCCCUGUUCCUCCUGGCGGCCAUCUUGUCUUCAUAGCGCCCAGCCUGAGGGUUUUAGACAGAGCGGAGUGGACCGCCCUGACUGGACCACAGGCCCCCCAAGGAGCACUUUUUAACAGACAGUCUCUCUCAGUGCAAGGGAGAGGAGAGACUUAUAAGUGGAAGUCAUUUUUAUAAACUUUGCUUUGGGGAGUUAAGAUGCCAAAAGCCUUUUUGACUCUCAUUUUGACAUUUUACUUUCCUGUGAAUUUUGAUAUUUGAAGGCCAUGGUAUGCCGUUGAAUUUGCCAUCCCCACACCCUCUCACACACUAACACACACACAUGCUCUCUCUCUCUCUCUCUCUCUCUCUCUCUCUCUCUCUCUCUCUCUCUCUCUCUCUCUCUCUCUCUCUCUCUCUCUCUCUCUCUCUCUCUCGCCCUCCUCUGUAGCCCUCCUCUGUAGCCACACCAAACAUUUUGCAAGAUUAAACUACGGAACAAAAACAUUUUCCAAACCCCCAAAUUACUUUGAUUGAGAAUAUGAUGAAGUCUUACAGCAAAUGACAAUUGAUCGUUUGAAGAAGGCUUGUGACUGAUCAGAUCAGCCAAUGGCAAUGAGGCCAAGGCAUACUGGCCAAUCAAAUGAGGCCAAGGUAUAUUGGCCAAUAAAAUGAGGACAAGGCAUGCUGGCCAAUCAACGGUGAAACAAGGAUCCAAAGCCAUGGUUGUAGCUUGGAGAAAUCCUAUUGCCAAGCGGAGGGGGCUCUGUUAUUUUCUUUCCUUUGAAGAGUCCAUUAGAAGUUCCUCUCAGGUGAUUGGGGUUGUAUUCAAUGACUCAGAGACUGAGAGACUCAGAGGAUGUUUGAGAUUAACCGGAAAACAUAAGCCCUCAUGUUUAGUACUUUCUGUCCUUUUAGGGGAAUUAGUGAUCGAUUAAUGUAUUUUUGAAAUAAAUCACAUAAUUCAAGUUUAGCAGCCAACACGGGUGUAUAUUUGCGAGGAGCGUGGGAGCUGAUAUGGUAUUUUGUCAGGCAAAUGUAUUUUCCUAUUUAUUCUUGAGUCCUUGUGCUCUAUACCUUUUCUGAUGACUGUCCUGGUUCAGUCACUGUAAGUACAACAGAGACAAGCCCAAAACAUCCCACCACUAAAAAGCACCAGUCUCUCUUUUUGUUUAGGACAGGUAUGCUAAUAUUUCAUUACCCAUACACAUUAAAAUAUCUGGGCUUGGACUGAAAAUAGAAUAUAAUUGGAUUGUUUUUAUCAAGCUGAGUUCAGGGAUUGAGGACAGAGAGUUGCAUGUUGUAUCAGGGUGUAGGAAUGUGAGUUAUAACUGUGAUCUUCUCUGUAACACUAAACACAAACUAUAUGUGUGUGCUAACAAGUCAGCCCAUAUUACAAUCCACUACUUCUUUUGGAAACAUUGUCAUAACCUUUACCAAACUACAUUUACGUUUAUAAAGACAAGGUACAGGGAUGAUACCAUUCUGUAGCUAACACGAAUAGUUUCAAUUAGGUUUUUAGUAGUAUUCUUGGGUUCUUCCAGGCAAACAGUACACACUUUCCUUGAUAUUGAUAUUGAUAGGUUAGCGACCAUGCAGUGAUGUUCCACCCACACGUCCCCGCAGUUCUCCUAACUUUGCAGGAAGGUUGUGGUAACGUUGCGGACAUAAGGUUCCUCAAUAGCAGCUGCAGCUCUGGUAUGAUUUAGCCGUGUCUUUGAUGUCGUGUGGAGCAGCGUCCUUGCAGACCACAUGCUAGGGGGCCAUGCGCUGGUUAUUUCUGGAAUGAAACAAAAAAUGACCACCAGGAGAGAGAGGGAGAGAGGUGUCCUGUUCAGUCUCUGGAUAGGUUCACUAGCAGGGGCGAGAGAGGUGUCCUGUUCAGUCUCUGAAUAGGUUCACUAGCAGGGGCGAGAGAGGUGUCCUGUUCAGUCUCUGGAUAGGUUCACUAGCAGGGGUGAGAGAGGUGUCCUGUUCAGUCUCUGGAUAGGUUCACUAGCAGGGGCGCGAGAGGUGUCCUGUUCAGUCUCUGGAUGUGUCCUGUUCAGUCUCUGGAUAGGUUCACUAGCAGGGGCGAGAGAGGUGUCCUGUUCAGUCUCUGGAUAGGUUCACUAGCAGGGGCGAGAGAGGUGUCCUGUUCAGUCUCUGAAUAGGUUCACUAGCAGGGGCGAGAGAGGUGUCCUGUUCAGUCUCUGGAUGUGUCCUGUUCAGUCUCUGGAUAGGUUCACUAGCAGGGGCGAGAGAGGUGUCCUGUUCAGUCUCUGAAUAGGUUCACUAGCAGGGGCGAGAGAGGUGUCCUGUUCAGUCUCUGGAUAGGUUCACUAGCAGGGGCGAGAGAGGUGUCCUGUUCAGUCUCUGGAUAGGUUCACUAGAAGGGGCGAGAGAGGUGUCUUGUUCAGUCUCUGGAUAGGUUCACUAGCAGGGGCGCGAGAGGUGUCCUGUUCAGUCUCUGGAUGUGUCCUGUUCAGUCUCUGGAUAGGUUCACUAGCAGGGGCGAGAGAGGUGUCCUGUUCAGUCUCUGAAUAGGUUCACUAGCAGGGGCGAGAGAGGUGUCCUGUUCAGUCUCUGGAUAGGUCACUAGAAGGGGCGAGAGAGGUGUACUGUUCAGUCUCUGGAUACGUUCACUAGCAGGGGUGAGAGAGGUGUCCUGUUCAGUCGCUGGAUAGGUUCACUAGAAUGGGCGAGAGAGGUGUCCUGUUCAGUCUCUGGAUAGGUUCACUAGCAGGGACGCGAGAGGUGUCCUGUUCAGCCCAGAGGACCGGAGUGAGUGAUGAGGUGAGAGAGAGGCCCCAGCUGAGAUCAAUAGAAAUCGGCUUCUCAAACCCAGGAACACUCGGUAAAUAUUUCCCUCAGUCCCUUCACUUACUUAUACACAGUCUAUUUAGUGUACUGACACUCACUCACCUCCUUUGUAAAGGGUCGAAUGGACUAUCAGUGAGAAAUACAUUCAGCCUCUGCCUCUGUAGGCUGUCAUUGUGGUAUUCAGUUUGACCAAAUCUGUAGAUAGGAAAAGUAAAAAUUCAUUGUCACCGACAUUCACUUCGGGCAACAUUGGGAAACACAGAUCAACUUGUCUUAUGGGUACUGUGUAUCCAGCCGUCGUCUAAUAGAACGUACAGUGUUAGAGCAGUGAUUCUCACACUUCUUUGAAGGGCAACCAGAGUUAAGGGAGACAUUGUUAAUGUUGUUAGUGAGAAAAAUGUAAAUGUUUGAUAAAAAAACCCCAGUUGAUUUCAUUUCUAAAUGUCUUUUUGUAUGAGAAACAUGAUCAAUGUUACAGUCUAUAUCUAUCAAUUCUGAAUCCACCGUGCAGUUAGCAUUAUGUGUAAGCUUUUCAAAUAUCAACUGUGUGUGUGUGUGUGUGUGCGUGCGUGCGUGCGUGUGUGUGUGUGUGGAGGUUGAAGUUAAGGUCUCUGCUAUUGGAAGUGCACUAUAUCCAUCCAUGCCCAUGCCCAUUCCAAGAACCAGACCACGCUCCUAUCGCUCUCCCCUUUUGACCAGACCUUUACUUAGUAGUAUUUUCAUCUGGAAUGUGGUUUAGGUGCCUAAUGUUUUGAGUUCUUGUACCUGCUUAGUUUGUCUGUGGUCUCUCCAAUGGUUUCAGAUGAAGCUUCAGUAGUCAGUAGCACCAUGUUGUUGUACCUGAAUUCAGAUGUUGUUGUACCUGAAUUCAGGAGAUGGAAUGUCCAUUUUUUUGUAAAGCUUGUUGAGUGCUGGUUUUCUGUGCAUAUUACAAUGUCCUAAAUCAGUUAACUGUCAUUUUCUAUUCAAACGUUGAUGUAGAGUAUUAGACACAGUUUUGUUACAGGGUGAACAGUGAGUCUGAUUGGAGGAGCUCUUCACCUGAAUUUGGUACCUGUAGCCAUUUAGCCUGAACCUAAUGUCACUGUGCCCUCCUAUGUACCCUGUCCUACUGUAUGUAUCUGUCCCCUGUCCUCUGUCCCUGUCCUCUGUCUCCUGGCCUCUGUCCCUGUCCUCUUGUCCCAGACCUAUUGUCCUCACCUCCCCAGACUGUUGUAACUCCUCCCUCUCUUCCUGGUCUAACUCGCUUCACCAGAUUUUUCUGCAAAUGUAUUUCAUACGAAGGCCAUUAUUUGUAAAUACACGUGUUGGAGCAGCUAUGACUAACUACAAAAAAAAAUGAUUUAAUAAAAGUUGUUUGUCAUUGUCUCUCAAA